AUGCACGAUGCAGGACAUUUGAAGAUGACAUCGCUCUGUGCCAUUCUACUCGUCACCAAAUCAAGUGGAGGACAUGGUCGUUUUGUAUUCAACUAUCCAAAGGAUCCCCAGCGAAAACAUGAAAUAAUAGAUUACACUACCGGGGAUGAAGAAUCCGACGCGGAGACGAUAAACGAGAAUAUGCCAGGAGAUGAUGCCGAUAAACGAUCUAUAUUCUCGCGCAUUGAAUCGGAAGCCGACCCAAUCCCUUCAAGAAAAAGAGUCGAUGUCGCUUCACGAAAUGACGAUGGGGAUGAGAUUCUACUUGGUUUCAAGAAAUCGUAUUUGGCAGACUUUUUGUUGCCAAGAUCUAACAGCAUUAGGGACUUCCAACUUACCGUCGAUGAAAUGACAUUUUUGGGACAACCCAUAUCUUUCACCAAAGCCUCACGAGAUAUUGACUUGCGGGAAGAUAAAAAAAAGGAUGACGACGAAAACGUAAUGGACAGUCAAGAUAUUGAUCAAUCCGUCGGAACAAAGUUGCCGCCAACAACGAAACCAGCGAACCGGUUGAGUCAUUUUCAUCUGGUGUUUGUUCUGGAACCACCCGAAUUGGAAUUGAGUCAGCAGGUGGAUAAAAUGUUCAAGCAUGUUAUAGCAAAAAUCACCGCUGCUCUCUACUAUGAACAAGAGAGAUGCGAUUAUGUGAGACAGCAAUCUGACUUGAUAAUGCAAUUGAAUGCUGCAAGAUUAGAUAAAUCGCCAGAUGAGCUUAUGCAAUUAACUUUGAAAAAAAGUACUCUUGCUAGAACAAUAGCGGAUGUCUAUGAUGCAAUAUCUACAGACUCAACAGCCCACGUCCUUGUUAAUGAUUAUAUUGACAUUUCAUUACAGAUACCAUCGUUUUCACCUUUUAACCAAGCCGAUAAUAGACAAGAUUUGGAUGAAUAUACACAGUUUCCUGUCAUAACUCCGCAUAAGACACUCUUAUUGUUAGAGGAUCCUCAAGAAAUUUUGAAGGCCAUGCCGUUGGACGCAAACCCAACACUAGUUCAGCUCAUACAAAUUAUUACCCCCACACAAAGGCUCGGAGAUCUAAUCAGUUUGCUCGACUGUUCUCUGGCACAGAUUUACAGAAUAGUAGCGCAUCUUAUUUAUUGGAGAAAAGCAAAACUGAUUGAUGUUAUUACCACGAAAAAUAUUUACGUUACCUCUCCAUCAGCGGAUCUAAGAUACCUGAAUGCUCUAGCUGCUGAUUUCAGUCAACACUGUCCGAAAUUGGACCUAAUCACAUUGCUUUCCGAGCUAAACACUCCUGCGCCUAGCAAAUUGGAAGACAUAAUUCCCAUCACUUUCAAAGAGCAGAAGACAAUUUAUUUUGACGCUAUUGCUUAUCUACUGCGUAAGGGGCUCAUUGUACAAUUGCAUGCAUACAUUCUUGUAAUGGUCCCACCAUAUAUUCAUAUGGGAAAACAAGGUAGUCAUGACCAUUCUAAGAUUAUAUCAACUCCAAUUUCGUCUCCUGAACAAGCAAGUGAGGCAGAGCGUAAUUGGCUCAAUAGCAUUACUGCCGGUAAACCUGAAGAGACACGGUCUCUCUUUGACAGAUUAAUACAAUACUUUAACGGACACCAUUAUCUUGAAGAAAUCUUGUUGCAAGAGAACAUAUCUCGGAAAGAUUUACGCUUGGUGACCGAUCGGUUUGAGGCGUUAAACGCCUUGUAUAUUUUAUGGCAUUAUGGAACAGGUUAUUGA